AUGGUGCAUCCUGAUGAAUUCUUUCAGAGCCAAGAGGUCAUUGCGAGACACUUUUUGCCGAAACCGAGCGCUUUACGUCGCGAAUUGGUCGUGCCGUGGGAGUUUGAGCUGCCUACACCCAACCGUUCGAUUGUCAUUCCUGCGCUGAUUGCAGGACUACCAUACAAGAUACUGGAGCUACUGGGGAUCGAGUUAUCCGGAUGGCUGUUACUCGUGACGCCGAGAUUGCUGCUCUGCUGUCUGUCGUUUGCUUUUGACGUGAUACUGUACCAGAUUGUGGGUAAACGGAGCUCCCAUCACAAAGCCGAAGUUCGACGAGAGAAACAAGAGAAGGCUCUACUACUGUUUGCAAGCUCGUGGCCGACACUGGUGUUUCUCUGUCGACCCUUUUCCAAUACGCUCGAGUCGCUGGCACUCGCGCUGUGCUUUGCAACGUUGUUUCUUGUCAAUCCACAUCGACGGGUGCUGGGCGACGUCGUGCACGUGCAGACUUUUCUUCUUGGAAGUUUGUUGGCGGUGGGAUUUUUCACACGGUUUACGUUUCCAGUGUUUUUCUUUCCACUUGGGCUGGAGCUAGUACGACAGCAAGAUGCGCAGCUACUUCAAGCUGCGCGGAAGAAAGAGGGUGUGCUUGCGUUGUCGCUUGUCCAGCGCUUCGUAUCAACACUUGGUGUCUGCCUGCAAGGCUUUGUGGCCUUCUUGAUGUGGGCGAUCCUUUUCGUUGUCGUGGACACAUUGUACUACCGGCCGGAAGUGUUGAGCGAUGAAAGCAGCACGUCGCUGCUAAAGAACGUUGCGAGCAAUGCUGUGGUCGCACCGGUAAACAAUCUGCUGUACAACACCCAAUAUGGCAACUUGGAGCUCCACGGAGUGCAUCCGCGAGUCACGCACUUGGCCUUGAACGUGCCCAUGCUUUUUGGACCACUGUUUUUCAUCUUCCUGGUGUGUUGUAUCCGGUUUCCCGAUCGCACUUUUUUCGGGACUGCAUGCGUGGUCUUUCCGCUAGCAUGCUUGUCACUGGCACCGCAUCAGGAGCCAAGAUUCCUGCUGCCAGCCAUGGUUCCGCUGCAUAUUUUUGCUGUCUCGAGGGACAACAGGAGCGCGUCUUGCUUUCUGACUGAGCACAAGCUUGGAAUAUCGCUGUGGAUCGUGUUCAACUUCGUGUUAACGCUCUUCUUUGGCAUGUUGCAUCAAGGAGGCGUUGUACCACUGCUGCUGUCACUGUCCUCGAUUGGUUCAGCUUCAGUGGAGAACUCUACGACCGCUGCAAGCUGGCUGACGUCUUUUUGCAACUUUGAUGGAGCCGACAACGUUACCAUGGGGAUGCUUGGUUCAGUGCCGCUGGUGUUUGCAAAGACGUACAUGCCUCCGCGCUUCCUGCUAGCUGGGAUGACAGCAGCGCCUGCGUUUCAAGUGAUCGACCUUGCUGGAAAAAACACUGUGGAUGACGACCUCGCAGAGCUGUUGGGUGCCGAUAAAGCAGACCGGCUGUCAGAAGAGCAUCGGGCCACGGUCUUUAUGGUGCUGCCUGCAAGCGUCGACAUCAGGGACAUGGUAUCGGAAAGCUCCGUGUCAAUUCCGAGUAUGUCGAGAUUGGGUGGAUGUGGUCCGCACGUAUCGACCGAAGAUUUCGCUUUCGACAAGCCAUUUUCACUGGAGUUAUAUGCCGUGACACUGGCAUCAAGAACUUGGACGACUUUGUCUUGA